CGGUUUUUUUAUUUAUUUUAUAUUCACCUCUUCAUGAGUUCUGUUGUCUAACAAAAAAAUGGUUUUUCUGCUUCCUAUAUUCGUUCUUCUCCGUACGUUCCCGGUUUAAAGACGUUGGAAACUCCAAACAUUAAAAAAAAAAUGCAAAAAAAAAAAAUUACAAAAGAAGAAGAAAAGGAAAAAUUUUAAAAAAAAAUUAAAAUCGAAAAUUGCACCACCGGAUUUCACUCGGUACAUCGCCGGCGGAAAAAUUCUUCUCCUUCUGCAGGUUUUUUUUUGGUUCGUUUUCUCUGUAGAUUGAAUUCAUGAUCGCUAAGUCGGAUAGCAAAGAUAGAGAUUUUUUCCGGUGAUCCUCAUCCGUUGAGAUAUGGCCGGAGGCGGCGGCGGCGACGCUGCAGAAGGUCCGAGAGAGCUCGAUCAGACACCGACGUGGGCUGUCUCCACCGUUUGUGGCGUAAUCAUCUUGAUCUCCAUCGUCUUGGAGAUGUUCAUCCACAAAAUCGGAGUGAUCUUCGACAGAAAAAAGAAGAAAGCCUUGCUCGAAGCUCUUCUGAAGAUAAAAAACGAGCUUAUGGUUUUGGGAUUCAUCUCUCUGCUUUUAACGUUUGGGCAAAACUACAUCGCGAGCAUUUGCGUGCCGUCCAGAUACGGACAAGCAAUGUCGUUCUGCGGUCCGUACGAUGGUCCUGACAUGGAUCCAAAAGCGCAAGUUCACGGUAUUCACGCUCUGCACAAGCCCCACCACGACAGACGUCUCCUCUCCCUCGAGCGUCGCAUUUUAGCUGACUUUUCUCCAGUGAAUUGUGACUACGGUUAUGUGCCACUUAUAUCGCUCAACGCCUUGCAUCAGAUUCAUAUCUUCAUAUUCUUUCUGGCCGUGUUUCAUGUGAUAUAUAGUGCCAUAACCAUGAUGCUUGGAAGAGCAAAGAUCCGCGGGUGGAAAGAGUGGGAGCAAGAGAUCAUGACCGAGCAAGAAAUGAUGAACGACCCUUCAAGGUUUAGGCUCACACACGAGACAUCAUUUGUCCGAGAGCACGUCAAUCCUUGGACGAGAAAUAGAUUCUCCUUCUACAUGAUCUGUUUCUUCCGACAGAUAGUCAGGUCUGUCAGAAAAUCUGACUAUUUAACAAUGCGACAUGGGUUCAUUAGUGUUCAUCUGGCUCCCGGAAUGAAGUUCAAUUUUCAAAAAUACAUCAAAAGAUCAUUGGAAGACGACUUCAAGGUAGUCGUAGGAAUAAGCCCUCCGCUAUGGGCUUUUGUCAUGCUCUUUCUACUCUUCGAUGUCCACGGGUGGUACAUAACGGCUGUUAUCACCAUGAUUCCUCCAACUUUGACAUUAGCCAUCGGAACGAAGCUUCAAGCCAUCAUAUCAGACAUGGCGUUAGAAAUUCAGGAGAGACACGCCGUGAUCCAAGGGAUGCCUCUUGUCAAUGUCUCAGACAGGCACUUCUGGUUCGGGAAACCCGCCUUAGUCCUUCAUAUGAUCCAUUUCGUGCUCUUUCAGAAUGCCUUCGAGAUUACUUACUUCUUCUGGAUAUGGUAUGAGUUUGGGUUGAGAUCGUGUUUUCAUCACCAUUUCGGUCUUAUAAUCGCACGAGUCUGUCUUGGCGUCGGAGUUCAGUUCCUCUGCAGUUACAUCACACUUCCUCUAUAUGCCCUUGUCACUCAGAUGGGUUCAACGAUGAAACGAUCGGUGUUCGACGAGCAAACAUCAAAGGCACUAAAGCAAUGGCACAUGAAGGCGAAGAGAAAGAAUGAGCAAUCUGGACAACUCAACAACUUUCCGGGAAGAGGAGACUUAGGCGGCCAAGAUUUUCCGGCGGACGGACCCCGUCUCCGGCAAAAAUCCAUCGGAGAUAUCGAAUCAGCUCCGGCCAACAUCACCGCAAGUGUUGAUGUCAAGGAAAGAGAUAAGAAUCGCCAGAACGACGACCACAUCUCAACCGGUCCCUAAACCCGCCUCGUGUUUUUUUUUUGUAUACAUCCAUACAUACGUGUACUAUAUAUAUAUAUAUAUGUAUGUAUGUAUAGGUUGAUUGGUUCACUUAUUUACUAAGCUACAUACAAUUUGUGUUGUAGUAGGUCGUAGUUGUCUAAUUAGUCACAGAUAAAAAUGAUUAUUGAUUGAUUCUUGCGCAUC